GCCGCCGGAGGCUCUCAAGAUGGCGGCGCUGGCGGAGCGGGGCUACGCGCUGUCGUGCGGGCGGCUGGGCCGCGGCACCCGCGUCUCCGUCUUCCACGUCAAGCUCACCGAGUCGGCCCUCCGCGCCUUCGAGGCCUACCAGGGACGCAAGGAUUCUGUGGUGCUGAGACCUUCGAUCCAGUUUCAAGGAAGUCAAGGGCACAUCUCGAUACCCAGGCCGGACUGUCUGACGGAAGCCCGGACCUUCUCGUUCUAUCUCUCCCACAUUGGCAAGGACAGCCCCCAGGGGAGCUUCGACUGCAUCCAGCAAUAUGUGUCCAGCGAUGGGGACAUCCAGCUGGAUUGCCUCGGGAGCAUCCAGGAUAAAAUCACCGUCUGUGCCACCGACGAUUCGUACCAGAAGGCCAAGCAGAGCAUGGCCCUGGCUGAGGAGGAGACUCGGAGCAGAAGCGCCAUCGUUAUCAAACCUGGAGGCCCUUACGUCGGCAAGAAGGUCCAGAUGCGCAGGCCGGCCCCGGGAGCUUCGGACACGGUGCCCUCGCGGAAGCGGCCAACGCCCGUCAACCUGGCCAGCGCCAUCCGGAAAGGGAACAGCGCCGUGUCCCAGCGGCCCUUCAGAGACCGGCUGAUGCAUCUGCUGGCCCUGAAAACCUACACGAAACCGGAGCUGAUCUUGCGGCUGCAGAAGGACGGCCUGGCUCAGCCAGACAAGGAUUCCCUGGACAGUCUCUUGCAGCAGGUCGCAAAUGUGAACACUAAAGACGGGACGUGUACCCUGAAGGACUGCCUCUACAAAGAAGUGCAGAAAGACUGGCCCGGGUACUCGGAAGGGGACCAGCUGCUGCUUAAAAAAAGGUUUCCUUUCCGGAAACUCUGCCAGCCGCAGAACGCCAGCUGUCCCCCGGAGAACCCCGCUCUGAGUCCACCGAAAGACGGUGCAAGUUUAUCCUCUUCCCCUUCCCAGAAGCGAUCUCAGCCGUCAGAAUUCAUUGACCCCCUCGCCAGCAAGAAGCCACGGAUCUCUCACUUUACCCAAAGGACUCCACCCGUUUUCAACGGCAAGCUGAACUCCGCCAAUGGGAAGGAGGCCUCCUUGCCAACGGCAGUGAAUUCAGUAAGCUCCAACUCCCUUUUGCCGCCCCUGGAGCCGCCGAGACCUCACGACCCCCUGGCCGACAUCGGGAACGACGUGAGCCACAGCAACAAAGACUUUGAGCUGCCAGAGCCGGCCGAGAGGCUGGCGGCAGCUCGGCCGGCUAAGAACUAUGCCCAGCCGGGCCGGCACGGUUACGGCUUGCAUUCGAAAACCAAGAAGAAGCUUAAGAAGCACAAGGAGAGAGAGAGGAAGGAGGAGCAGCAGCAGGCCAGAGGGAAGCCAGCACCCUGCGGAGGCGCCCUCAAGAAGGACGGUGUGAAAACGGGGUCUUCGCAAAACUCAGCAGGUUUAAAUGGGGCCUGUAACAGCUGCAGCCUUCCAACCUCAACCUCAGAAAUGCCGGAUUAUUUGCUCAAAUACACAGCCAUCUCUGGCUCAGAACAGCGGCAGACCUACAAGAACGACUUCAACGCCGAGUACAGCGAGUAUCGGGACCUGCACGCCCGCAUCGAGAGGAUAACUCGGCGGUUCAUGCAGCUGGACUCGGAACUGAAGCAGCUUUCGCAGGACUCCGAUAAAUACAAGGAAAUCCGCGAUCAAAUCUUGCAGGAAUAUCGGAAGAUUAAAAAGACGAACCCAAAUUACAGCCAAGAGAAGAACCGCUGUGAAUACCUUCACAACAAACUAGCCCACAUUAAAAAACUGAUAGCCGAGUACGACCAACAGCAGAUCCAGUCUUGGCACUGAUGCGAG